AUGAUAAUUAAAAUUGCAAUACUUUUUUCAACUUUGCUUUUUGCAUAUUUUAAGUUGAGUUCUAAUAAUUAUUUGCUUUAAGAAUAACCAGUAGUCGGAGUAUUUACAUAACCUUCAACAUUCUCUGAAUAUAGUCGUGAUAAUUAUACAUACAUAGCUGCCUCAUAUGUAAAAUUCUUGGAAUCAGGGGGAGCUAGAGUGAUCCCAAUUCCUUAUGAAGCAAAUUAUUCUACCUUAGAUGAGAUUUUUUCUAAUAUUAAUGGGAUUUUGAUACCAGGAGGUUCAACAGGAUUGAUUGGACCUUCAUUAUACACUUAGAAAGUUGCCUAUCUUGUAAAUAAAGCUUUGAAAAUAAACAAAGAAGGAGGAUGGUUUCCAGUUAUAGGAAUAUGUUUAGGGCAUGAAGUAAUGCACUAUAUUCUUUCAAAUUAUUCUGCUGUAUAUUUAUAGAGUUUAUUUAUAGAAUUUCUUGAUAGAUGUGAAAGGAUAAGAUAAAGUUACCAAACCAAUAAAUAUUUAAUAUAGACAGGCUUAUUUUUAUGGUCAAAUGAAUGAAGAAUUAUAUUAAGCAUCUUUAAAAGAAAACUUAGCUUACUAUCAUCACAUUCAUGCUGUAUCACCUAGUUUAUAUGAAAUUGCUCCUAUCUUAAAAUAAUAUUUAAGAAUAACAUCGACUCAAAUUGAUGAUGAUGAAUAAUUAUUCAUCACUUCUACUGAUGGUAUCAAUAUACCAUUCUAUUCAUUUUAAUAUCACCCUGAGAAAAACCCAUUUGAAUGGACCAUACCUGCUAAUCAUUCUUUACAUGCUAUUUAAUUUAGUAGAAUCCAUAGUUAUUAAUUUAUUCAAUCAUGUAGAAUGAAUACUAACAAAUUUAGCCUAGAUCUUAAUUCACUCAUCUUUAAUUAUAAUCCUGUUUAACCUGUUAAUUAAAACUACAAUUAAGUUUAUAUAUUUCAUAGACUUAAUACCAUGGAGGACUAAGAAUUAUAAAACCCAUGA